AUGACGCGCGCGGAUGGUUCUUCUUCUCAAUCAACGAAACGACAUGAACCAAAUGUCAAUCUUCCCGUAAAUUAUCAAUUUAUGGAAGAACCGGAUGUCAAAGAAGCUGAAGACAAAAUCUGGAAAUCCCAGGUAAUCAUCUCAUGUCCAAACUCAUCGCAUGGAUACCUAGGGCCUUUGCCGGAUGACUCCAAUGAUCCCGAAAAACUAAACACUGUUUUUCCUUGUAGCGAGGAUCAAUUGCCUCUCAUUUUCUCCAAAGGUCCAUAUGACCUAAGCUUUUUGAAAUCUAAAUUUAGAACCGAACCCAAAAUAGAAAAUAAUGAGAAAUACCUUGAGUGGUUGGAUAAAGUGGAAAAAACCAAAGGUUCCUUCUGGAAAGAAAUGGGAAUUUUUGAUCUCAUUCAGCUAUCCCGUCAGGGACCUAAAUAUCAUAAUGAGAUGAUCAUUGCUGCCCUCCAUUUCUGGAAUCCCUCGACUAAUAGUCUUCAUUUAAAAUGCGGAAUGCUGACACCUACUUUGCUAGACGUUGCUGGUCUAGUCGGUCUGAAACCUAUAGGUCAGACUUUCGAUCCUGACACCCAUUCAUCGGGGAUAUCUUUCGACUUCUCGAGACCUACUUAUGGCAACUUCAUCAUCGAUCAUCAUAAAACUUCUAGUGCCACAGUAUCCGAUCAGGAGCAUAUCGCUUUCCUGACUUAUUGGUUGUCCAUGUAUAUUUUCUGUUCAAGAUCGAUUCAGAUCCCUAAGAAGUUUACAACCUUAGCAAUCCAAUUGCAUGAAGGGAGAGAUAUUUGCUUGAGUAAGCUCAUCUUAGGAUCUUUAUAUGAGAAUUUGAACCAUGCAGUAUCCAGCAUAAAAGAUUUCCAACCUGGUAGUAGCCUUAUCAUUCCUGGCCCUAUCUGGUUGUUUCAAUUGUGGCUUUUGGCCACUUUCAGAACAAAAUUAGCAGUACACCUGCCCCCUGCUCUUUCGAAAGCCUAUGAUAAUAGGUCAAUCGAAGGUUUAGGUUUGGCCAUGCUCCAGUACGGUAAUAGGAGUUCUCCAGAUUUGUUUGCAGUGGCCUGCAAUGCCUUUCUAGGUUGCACAUCCUUCACAUCUUCGAUGGCUCCUUUCACCACUAGAUCUCGGGGGCCUUCAUGGUUUACAGCAGGGUUCCCAACCGAUUCUAGUGAAGAAGAGGUAGAUGUUAAUGCCAUCUGGGAAGCUUACCUUACCCCCACCUUUUUGUCUAGUAGAGUGACUGUUGGAAGCCCGUACGGGGUGUACGGCUAUCAACCUAACCAUGUGGCUAGACAAUUUGGCUUAAUUCAAAUUAAACCAAGUUCAUUGUACAAGUAUUUAGAUGAUUUGAGGCAACUCCUUAUAGAGCAUGUCUGGAGGUCUACCUUGCGUCGGGCUCAGCGGCAAAAGAUUAUUUUCGAACCAAAGCCAUAUACUUCAUCUUUUGCAUGCACAGAAACAUUCUAUCGAUGGUGGCAGUGCUACUUCAAGCACCAAACCGAUCGUAUAGAUCCUGAUACUCUGCUUCCUGAAUUGAUCCUUGCUUUUCAUACUGUGCAGAGGAAAUCGAAGAAAAACAGAGGGGAAGUAGAGUACCCAGAAGAAGAUAGCUCUCGAAAGACAUCCAAAUCUUCCAAAGGAAAACCGAAAACGGACAAAAAGAAGAAAUCCGAAAAACCUUCCAAAGGAAAGCAAGCCCGCGCUGUCGAGGAUGAAGUUGAAAUUUCUCCCGACGCUGCUGAAAGACCUGCCGUCUCUGAGCCUCUCAAACUGACAGAGAGUCGUAGGAAGAGGAAACAUGAUCCUCCGGCCAUCGAGACAGACAUAGUGGAAGAAACUUUGGGCCAACCUAGCCUAAAAAAGAUGAAAACCCGCAAAGAUUCGAAUCCUAACAGUGCUCAUUCUUGCGUUGGUGACAACGCUUUGCUGGAAACUUUCCACUCACUUCUCGAGGCUUUUCGUCAAGAGAUCCCUUUAAUCCAAUCUCAAGUGGAGGAUAUUGACUCAUCAAUUGCCCAAUAUAAGGCCAAAAUUGAGCAGUUAGAGGAUCAGAAAGCCCAACUUCUGGCUAAAGAAGGCUUAAUGAAGUCAGAGGCUCAAAUUGCCAUCAAGAAGAUCAAGGAAUCGAAAUCUUCCCAACAGGAAAUAGUGCUCCUCACUGACCAUGGCAAAGCUCUUGACGAAAAAACUCGAUGGUUUAAAACAACAACUGUAUCACCUUACUUCUGGCUUUAA